GAGCCUUUGCCAAUGCCUCAGAUUGGGGAGGAUUUUGGAGAAGGUUCAACAGAGGGUGUUGAGGAGGCGACAGUAGAGACUCCGGGGCUGGAGGAACCUCUCACUGCAACACACGAGUUAGAGCCCACAGAUCAAACAACUCCAGAAAUGCAUGUGGUAACUGUGUCGGAGACAACUACAGAUUUUACAGCAUCCACCUCCACUGAAGCUCCACCAUUGCCAACUACAAACCGGACUAUUGUGCAUUGCAUCUACGUGGCCCCUGAGCCUCCACGGGAGACGCCCACACCAACUCUUCCUGUGACCACUGUCACCCCAGCCUCUCCUGCUGAAGCUCCACAUAUGAAGGGCGAAUACCCUGAAGAUAUCUUUUCUGUUGAAGACCGUAGACGAGGCUGGGUCAUCCUCCACAUUUUUGGGAUGAUGUACAUGUUCAUUUCACUUGCAAUUGUGUGUGAUGAGUUCUUUGUCCCUGCACUCGGGGUAAUCAUAGACAAGUUAGAAAUCUCUGAUGAUGUAGCAGGAGCCACCUUCAUGGCUGCUGGAGGUUCUGCUCCUGAACUCUUCACCUCCUUGAUAGGAGUAUUCAUCGCCCACAGCAAUGUGGGCAUCGGCACCAUCGUUGGCUCGGCGGUUUUCAACAUUUUGUUUGUGAUUGGGAUGUGUGCUUUGUUUUCACGGGAGGUGCUCCAUCUAACCUGGUGGCCACUUUUCAGAGAUGUAUCCUUCUACAUAUUUGACCUCGUCUUACUCAUCAUCUUCUUCUUGGAUAAUAUCAUAAUGUGGUGGGAGAGCGUGAUGUUGGUUGGCUGUUACACGCUCUAUGUGACUUUCAUGAAGUUCAAUGUACAAAUAGAGCAGGCCUUCAAGGUCCUGAUCCUCAAAAACAAGAACAUUGUCAGAAUUAUUUCUGUGGAAGAACCUGAAAAGGUAAGCACUGCUCCCUAAGACAAGAAUAGGUUGAAGGUAAAACCAUCCCUUCAGCGCGGGGGAAGUUCAGCUUCUCUACACAACAGCACCAUGAGAAACACCAUCUUCCAACUUAUGAUCCACACGUUAGACCCUCUAGGUGAGGGGAAAUUUAAGGAUAAGGCUGUGACACUGACUAAUGUGGCUAAACGGACGGCAGAGAGCAAAACUCAAGACAAAAGUGAAGGAGGCUCUGACGAUGAUGAAGAUGACAGCGAUGAAGACAGCGAUGAGUCCAGUGAAGAGGAAGAUGAUGACGAUGAGGAUGAAGAUGAGGAGGAGAGUGACGAAGAGGAGAAAGAGGAACCUCUGUCUUUAGAGUGGCCUGACACGCCACGUAAACAAGCCACCUACGUCUUCCUGCUGCCUGUAAUCUUUCCUCUGUGGCUCACAGUUCCAGAUGUUCGCAACCAGAAAUCCAGAAAAUUCUUUGCGAUGACCUUCCUGGGCUCCAUUCUGUGGAUUGCUAUUUUCUCCUACCUCAUGGUGUGGUGGGCCCAUCAGGUAGGUGAGACCAUCGGCAUCUCAGAGGAGAUUAUGGGCCUGACUAUCUUGGCUGCAGGGACGUCCAUCCCUGAUCUCAUUACCAGUGUGAUUGUUGCACGAAAAGGCCUGGGGGACAUGGCUGUGUCCAGCUCUGUGGGCAGUAACAUCUUUGAUAUCACAGUGGGUCUUCCAGUGCCAUGGCUCCUUUACUCAUCCACACAUGGUUUUGGUCCAGUGGCCGUCAGCAGCAACGGGCUCUUCUGUGCCAUCGUGCUUCUCUUCAUCAUGCUCCUCUUUGUCAUCAUCUCCAUUGCAUCGUGUAGGUGGAGGAUGAAUAAGCUGUUGGGCUUCACCAUGUUCCUGCUCUACUUUAUCUUCUUGGUGCUUAGCGUGAUGCUGGAGGAUCGCAUCAUCAUCUGCCCUGUUUCUAUCUGAACGUGUGAGCUGGAGCCUUCUCUACAGCAGGCGUUGUCUUCACUUGCGACCUGAAGCACAACAGUUAACCUGUAUAUGGACUGAUCUCAUGAGCAUGGGUGUGGAUAUCUGUAGAAACUAUGCAGAAAGCUGCUGUAGUUGCUCUGCAUUGUUGCAACUGACGUGUGUUUGGUAUGAAAGCAACAGUACACAUAUGACAACAUUUUCUAGCAGAGGUGGGACCAAGUCAUUGUUUUGUAAGUCACAAGUAAGUCUCACAUCUUUGCACUCAAGUCCCAAGUCAAGACCCAAAUCCUAAACUCUGAGUUUUGGUUCCUAAAUAAGUCAUGAUGCGCUCUUCACAAAUGUAAUGCCUUCUUAACAACAUAGUAAUAAUACAUUACAUUUACAAAAAUUGUGAUUUUUUUUAAUUUAUAUAUGUUUUUGUUGUUAAAACAAGUGUGACUGAACUUAAUCAUAAAGAAGUAGUGCUGACAUUCCACUUUUACAGUAUACAGCAACCAAAGCAGAAUGAAUUUUAUAUGUUUCUGUCCUGUCUUGUUGUAUUUAUCUCAUCUCAUAUUGGACGAACAUUUAUA